UGCUUUUUACUUUACACAAUAGAAACCUGAAUUCCCUACUAGCAUUUGUAAAAUAUUUGUUUUAAUCAGUUCAUUCCAACACAAGCACUGCCCACUCUAUCUAUACUUUUACUUAUCAGACUAAGCUAAACAUGGGCAACGAUGACAAGUUGGAGUAUAUUAAAAGUAAAAUUGGAACUUUUCCGGAUUUUCCAAAGAAGGGCAUUGUCUUCCGUGACAUUUUCAGUGCGCUGAGAGACCCAACUGCCUGCAAGUACUUGAAAGAAGUGCUUGUGCAACUAGUUAAAGAAAAAUGCCCAAAUGCUGAAAUAAUAGUGGGAUUGGAAUCACGUGGUUUCCUAUUCAAUUUUCUGGUAGCAACCGAAUUGGGUAUUGGUUGCGCACCAGUGCGUAAGAAGGGCAAGUUACCCGGUGAUCUCAUAUCUGUGGAAUAUGUACUAGAAUAUGGAAAAGACAUUUUUGAAAUGCAAGCCAACGCGAUUAAACCGGGUCAAAAGGUUAUAAUCGUUGAUGACCUACUCGCCACUGGUGGAUCGCUUAAAGCUGCGAUUGAGCUGGUGCGCAAAGCGGGCGGCAAUGUAAUUGGCAGCUUUGUAGUGUUAGAAUUAGAAGAUUUACACGGUCGUGAUAAAUUAGAUUGUGAUGUAUAUUCUCUAAUCAAAUAUUGAUUUAGAGAAGUGAUGAUGUUUUACCAUCCACUAUGUGGACGCAGUUAAAAAACGCCACAAACUACUCAGACGAACUCAG